GCUUUCACCCUGAGGAGCUCGUGUCAGCCAGGAAACCCGGGUCCUCAGAAACUCCACAGCAAGCAGCAGAGGAUCAGGAGGGGCUACGUGGGCAAAGCAGCUGCACAAGCAGCACCAGGAGCCCCCAGCAGUCCUCAGAGCAGAGUCCCACCUUGGAACAAACACCAGCCUCGGAGGUUCCUACGGGGCAUCUCCCUGAAGACAAGGCAGAGCAAGGGCAGCUCAACGUGAAGGAUGUCUCCUCAGAGGAGAGCUGUGGCCAGCAGCUCGAGAUGGCUAAGGGAGAAGAAGGGUCACAAUUACCAGAUGGGACUGAGGAGGACCCUGCAAAUGCCCUCCUAGAACCACUCUGGCCAGAGAUACAGCAGGAACUGAAAAUUAUUGAACCUGAAGAGGAGCUCUUGCUCUUGCCAGCCGCUGUCCCCAAGGUGGGCCUCAUUUCUGAGUCUUCUGCAGUGCAAACAGAUAGUUCUUCCUCUGGCCCAGGGCAGGGUCCGACACUGCCUGAGCAGAAAUCUGCAAGCAGAACAGCACAGAUAGCACCUCAGGUGCCUUUACUUGGUGCCACCGGCACGGAGCAACACGACAGCCUCCAGAGCUGCCAGGCUGAGGUGGCUGCACAGCAGGGCUGUGCUUCAGCCCUACCCAAACAGGACACUCUUCCAGCUGACCCAGCCGUGCCAAAGAGCCACCACCCAGUGGUGAACAGCAGGAGUGAACGUCUCACUCCUCCCCUGGACUGGAAGCUUCAGAAUCAGUCAGAAUUUAAAGAGGCUUCCCCGAGUGAUGAGUUUUCUUGUUCCAAAGGAGCAUGUCCAGAGUCAGGGACAGAAAAAGAGAGCACUUGCCAGCUGCAGGAGAAGGAUGUUCUUACCCAAGUCCAGGCUCAGAGGGAGAAGCCUGACAUAGUGACUGCUGAUGAAAAGGACACGUUAUCCUCCAAGGUGCUGAGUGGAGCUGGAAUCCAGGAGCUUAAGGGAGGCAACACUAUUAGCAGAACCCCUGAUGCUGGUGACCAGGAUGACGAGGAUACCUGGACAGAUAAUGUGCAGAGCUUAGAACUUGUGGAGCCAUGGGAGGAUCACCAGUGGGUUACAAGCCCACUCCAUUCCCCCACUUUCAAGGACAUUCAGGAGAAGGUGAUACAGGAGUUUCAGCCCCAGAGCCAGAGAGCAGAGACAGGCCUCUCUCUUAGACCACGAUUCAGUCGCAGCCUCUCCCUGGACAGCAAAGACACAGUGAUGAGUCUCUGGACUAUCCCCUUCUCUUUCAUAGAUGCCACUGACCAGCAGAAACCAUGCAGUGAUGUUCUGCCAGUGACUAGUGAGCUGCCCAAAACACAACCCAUCUCUGCCUCUAGUGUGGGCAAAGCUAAGCAAGGUGACAAUGGCACAAGUCCUACAGAAGAACCUUCGAAACCUGAGGAGCUCAAGUACCCCCUCAGCAGGGAGAAAGCACCAGCUGAGAGAGAAAGACCCUCCAGAAUCCCUCUUUCAGAUCCAGAGGGAAAAAAAGUAGAUGUGAGCAAAGAAAACCCUUGGAGCUCAAAGCUUGAGCUGUCUGUACGAUACCAAAAUAGCCCAGGCAGUUCUCCACAAGCGAGGAGCACCAAGGAGGAGUCAUCCAUGUCUCAGGACACUGCCCUGGGAGGAGAGACUGUUACCAAAGCGUUGUGUUCUGCCACCGAGUCACAGCCGGGCAGUAAAGGUGAAGAAACACCUUGCAAGGUGAAGACUAGACCAUCGUCCCUCAACUUGGAUUCACUCCUUCCAGCCCCAGAUUUCUUCACAUUCGAGAGCCUGUCCGUGCCCUCUGCCACUAGGAACCUCCUGUGUGGGCAAAAAGAAGUAAAAAGCAGUGAUUCUGUCCCAUCCCUGCCGACUGCCUGCCCCGCUGCCAGUAAAGGCAUUCCCUGGGGGUCUCAUUUCAGUGCCCACGUGGACCUGGACCUGGAUUACCUGGCAGUGGCCCAUGCCGCCACCGGCCGUCGGAACUCUGCCCCCGUCAGCGUGUCAGCAGUCAGGACCUCCUUCAUGAUCAAGAUGUGCCAGGCUCGGGCGGUGCCCGUGAUACCACCCAAGGUUCAGUACACGCAGAUCCCCCAGCCCCUGCAGGCCCAGAACGCC